GAAUAUCAAAAUGACACAAUCACCAAAAAAGUAUGUGUCUACUUAUACGAGUUCGACAACUAAUCGAGGUGUAGAAGCUAAGGAGGUAGAGAUAGGCAACAUACAACUGGAUACUUCGUCUCAGUAUCAGGAGAGUACGGAUGUAGAGAUACGCUCGCCGGCGUCAGCGGACACCGGUUCAUACCUACAAGUGGUCGUUCAAAAGCACAAGAAAAAAGAACCAACGGUCGCCGCAACACAGACGUCCCCUCGACUACCCGUCGCUUCCAGCCCCAUCAAAACCAUCAGGAACGGUUCAGGGGACCAUCCUCUAUACGUCCUACCCCAUCAUAUGUUAGUUUAUAAUCCUCAGAACCAUGAGAAACACGAGAAAAAGUUAUCAACUAUAAAAGAGACUAAGCGUUCGUUUUGGUCAAAAUUUGUAGAAAAUACUCAAGAAACAUCACCUGAUAAAGUAGAUUUAUACUAUUUUGAAAAAAGUACAGGCGAGUUCUUAGCGACAUCGGGAAUUUAUACUUAUACAGAAAGAUUUGCGUCACAAAUGUCUAGGAUACCUAAUAGGAUUGUAGCGGAAAUAUUUACUAUACCACAAAUCAUUGCUAAUGUACCUGUAGCUAUAUUUUUAAAUUUAGAACGGGCUAUUUUUGUAACGCUUAGAAAUAUGAUCGUGGGUAGCGUUCAGAUUUGGUCGGAUAACUUUCUAAAGCCAGUUUUGGCGCUAGUUUUUAACUCUAUUAUACAACCACCUUUACUUUUCACUGGCAAUGUAGGGAGAAGUGUGAGGGAUGCUUUAAAACCUUUGACAGAAAUGAUUGGGGACUUUUUUGAGCCGGCAGUGAACGUGUUAAGUGCUAUAAGAUUAGUGAAUAUUGAGAAGAAAUGCGCUCAUAAUGUGUAGAUAGAAAUUUAGCUUUUGACCGCCAUCAUAUUUUUAAGAAGUCACGCACACGCCAACAUCAGUCUUAUGAGCGAACAUUAGAGA